CGCCCACUGGCGGCCGCGGUCCGGCGUGGAGGAUGGCUCCCCCGGCUCUCUCUCUCCUCCUCCUCCUCUUUCCCCUCCACUUCGCCGCCGCCUCCUCCAAGCUCAACACCCCCAAGGUGCUGCUCCCCUUCACCCGCGGCACCCGCGCCCACUUCAGGCUGGAGGCCAGCGAGGGCUGCUACCGAUGGUCCUCCAGCAGGCCAGAGGUUGCGAGCGUAGAGCCAGCAGGCCAGGAUGGGCAGCAGUGUUCCCAGAAGGCUGUUGUCCAGGCACGGUCCUCGCAGCCCACACGUAUGACAAGUAUCAUUUUUGCUGAAGAUAUAGUGACUGGACAAGUGCUUCGUUGUGAUGCUAUAGUUGAUACAAUUCAUGGCAUCCAGAUUGUGUCCACGACAAGAGAACUCUAUCUUGAAGAUUCACCACUGGAGCUAAAAAUUCAGGCCUUGGAUUCUGAAGGAAACACUUUCAGCACAUUGGCAGGGUUAGUCUUUGAGUGGACAAUAGUGAAGGACUCAGAGGCUGAUGGCUUCUCCAGUGGCCCUGCGGCCUUACGUAUACUCAAGUUCUUAGAAUCCACUUAUAUUCCACCUUCCUAUAUAUUGGAGAUGGAAAAAGCUGCCCAGCAAGGAGACAUCAUUUUGGUGUCUGGAAUGAAAACGGGGAGUUGUAAAUUAAAAGCAAGAAUACAGGAAAGUGUCUAUAAGCAUGUACAACCUGCAGAAAUCAGGUUGCUUAUUUUGGAAAACAUCCUUUUCAGUCCAGCGUAUGACAUUUAUCUUCUGGUGGGAACAUCAAUUCAGUACAGAGUUCAGAAAAUAAGGCAAGGGAAGAUUACAGAAUUAAUGAUGCCAUCUGAGCAGUACGAGCUGCAGCUACAGAACAACAUACCUGGUCCCCAGGCAGACCCAUCUUGGCCAGUUGCCAAGUUGGACCAGGCAACACUGGUUGUUACUGCAUUGUAUCAGGGACAAACCAACCUCGUCCUUGGGCACAAGAGUAUUCGCAUGCAGGGGGUUUCCAGGCUACCCAACAGCACCAUCUAUGUUGUAAAUCCUGAGUAUCUAGGAUUUACAGUUCAUCCAGGUGACAGAUGGGUCCUAGAAACAGGCAGACUUUAUGAAAUCACAAUCGAAGUGUAUGAUAAAUCAAGCAAUAAGGUGUAUUUAUCUGAUAAUAUCAGAAUCAAUACAAAGCUGUCCAAAGAAUAUUUUGAGGUGCUGAAGUCGUCUCUGAACGGGUCGUAUCAUUAUGUGAAAGCAAUAAAGAAGGGUCAGACUGUUAUUGAUGCUGCACUGACAUCAGUAAUAGAUCAGGAUGGAGGUGUCCAUAUGUUACCGGUUCCAGUACGAAAGCAGCAAGAUGUAGAAAUAUAUGUUCCCAUAGUUCUUACACCCAGUAUUUUGACGUUUCCUUGGCAGCCAAAAGCAGGAGUCAACCAGCACCCCAUCCAGGCUCAUGGUGGAAGUGGAAAAUUCAGCUGGUUCUCUUCUAACCAGGCAGUUGCUACAGUGACAGCCAAAGGAGUAAUGACAACUGGCAGUGACAUUGGCAUCAGUGUUAUUCGGGCAACUGAUGUUCAGAAUCCGUUGCAUUAUGGAGAAAUGAAGGUGUAUGUAGCUGAACCUAGUGGGAUGGAGUUCACACCACAUCACGUUGAAGCACGUGUUGGCCAAAUAUUGGAGCUGCCCCUGAGGAUUCAUGGCCUCACAAAUGUGGAGACGGGCGAGACGGCCCCACUGAGCGACUGCUCACACUUUGAUCUCGUCGUGGAAGUAGAAAACCAUAGUGUGUUUGUACCACUCCAAGGAAUGCUCAAGCCAACUGCUGAGUUUUGUAGUGGGGUCAGAGUGAAAGCAGAAGCUCAAGGACACACAACACUUUUUGUUAGUUACACCCGUGGUCAUGUCCACCUCAGUGCUAGCAUCACCAUUGCUGCUUAUCCACCUUUAAAAACUGUUGAUCCUCCAUCUGCUGCUUUAGUGACUUUGGGUUCCUCCAGAGAUCUGUUGUUUGAAGGAGGACCUAGGCCAUGGGUACAAGAACCUUCCAAGUUCUUCAGGAACAUCACUGCUGAGGAUGCAGAAAGCGUUGGUCUGAUUUUAUUUGGACCUCCUACAUUACAAGAUCACACCCAGCACUGGGUCAGAGUAUCUUGCAAAAGCCUGGGAGAACAAGUUCUUACCCUAACAGUUGGAAACAACCCCACAACCACCAACCCUUUCCCAGCAGUUGAGCCUGCUGUUGUGGAAUUCAUCUGUGCUGUCCCUUCACAACUCACUUUAACUCCUGUUUAUGGAAGUCCUCAGCUUGAUCUCUCUUGCCCUUGGCUGAAACAAAACAAACAAGUGGUUCCUGUUUCAAAUUAUCACAAUCCAGUAUUGGAGUUGGCUGCAUAUGACCAAGGGGGCAGUAAAUUUGAUAACUUCAGUUCUCUUAGUGUUAUCUGGGAAUCAACAAAUAUAUCCUUAGCUAAUGUUGAGCCUGAUAUGCCAAUGAAGCUGACUCGGAAAGAAGAUGAAAUUGGUCAAAAGAAAAUGCACGGCUUGCAAACUGUUCAAGUUCACAAUGAGUCUGGAACAGCUGCCAUCUCUGCAACUGCAGCAGGAUACCAGCAAUCUCAUCUCAAGGCAGCUAAAGUUAAAACACCGUAUGAACCUCUUCUCCCAGUGUCUGCCACUAUUGAGCUGAUGCUAGUGGAAGAUAUAAAAGUGGACCCUACUGAUGUCUCCAUUUACAAUCACCCUGACAUACAGGCAGAACUUUUCAUCAGAGGAGGUUCUGGAUAUUUUUUCAUUAAUACCAGCAUUCCAAGUGUUAUAAGAGUGUCUUAUGAAGAAACUGAAGAUACUGCUUUGGUGCAUCCUCUCCUUCCAGGAUCAGUGACUGUAAUGAUUCAUGACCUGUGUUUGGCUUUCCCUGCACCAGCUAAAGCUGAAAUUCAUGUGUCUGAUAUACAGGAACUGUAUGUCCGAGUUGUUGACAAGGUGGAGAUUGGAAAAACAGUUAAAGCUUAUGUCAGAGUUCUGGACGGAUCAAAGAAACCUUUUCUGGCAAAAUACUUUGACAUCAUGGAUCUAAAACUAUGGGCAGCACCUCAGAUUGUCUCACUUGUCCCACUCGGGGAAGCUCUGGAUGGUCACACUGCUGCUUUCCUGGUGCAGGGGAGGGCCCUGGGUCAGACCAGUCUGACAGCGACCGUUGCUGACAGAAGAGGACAGAGAAUAAACUCUGCUCCACAACAGAUUGAAGUAUUUCCCCCAUUUAAACUACUGCCAAGGAAAGUAACCCUAAUUACUGGGGCCGUGAUUCAGAUCACUUCAGAAGGAGGCCCUCAGCCUCGAUCCACCAUCACUUUCUCCAUCAGCAAUGAGAAGAUUGCAGCAGUGAACAGCACUGGGCUUGUCAGAGGAGUGGCAGUUGGAAAUGGGAUGGUAACAGGAUCAGUGCAAGCUGUUGAUGCAGAGACAGGGGAGCUUGUCGUGGUGUCUCAGGACAAAGUGGAAGUUGAAGUAGUACAGCUGACAGCUGUUAGAAUUCAUGCACCAAUUACACGAAUGAAAAUGGGUACACAGAUGCCAGUUUAUGUGAUGGGCAUCACCAGCAGUCAGACUCCUUUCUCAUUCGGCAACGCAGCACCAGGAUUAACGUUCCAGUGGUCUGUCACAAAGAAGGAAACCCUGGAAAUCAAGUCAAGACACAGUGAGGCUUCUUUUCAGCUUCCUGCAAAACAUAGCUUUGCAGUGAAUGUUUAUGGCAGAGUAAAGGGAAUAACAGGCCUGAAAGUUGUUGUGAAGGUCCUUGAUCCUGCAGCCAACCAGUUUUACAACAUGGCAAGAGAACUGUCUGAUAAAAUCCAAAUUCAGGUGUUUGAAAAAUUUGGUUUAGUCACUCCAGAAGUAGAAGGAGAAGCAGAGCAGAUCUUAAUGUCACCAAAUUCCUUUCUUAAACUUCAGACAAACAGGGACCGAGAGGCUUCACUGAGUUACCGUGUCGUGGAUGGGCCAGAUGAAAUUCCUGUUGUAAAAAUUGAUGAGAGAGGUUUCCUUACCUCUGGGUCCUUGAUAGGAUUGUCAGCAAUUGAACUGGUUGCACAAGAAUCAUUUGGGAUCAACCAGACCAUUAUAGUGGCUGUUAAGGUCUGCCCCAUCUCAUACCUAAGAAUAUCCAUGAGUCCUGUUCUGCACAUGCAAAACAAGGAGGCAUUACAGGCUCUUCCUCUGGGUGUGACAGUGACAUUUACAGUUCAUUUCCAUGAUGACUCUGGAGAUAUUUUUCAUGCACACAAUUCUGUGCUCAACUUUGCAACAAACAGAGAUGACUGUGUACAGAUCAGGAAAGGAGCCACAAACAACACACUUGUCAUGCGGACUGUGAAUGAAGGUUUGACCUUGCUUAAAGUCUGGGAUGCAGAGCACAGUGGAAUUGUAGAUUAUGUCCCACUUCCUGUGCAAGAUGCCACUUUUCCUGAAGUCAUAGAUGUGCUGGUCAGUGAUGUCCCCUGUUUGAGUGCUUCACUGAUAAACCAGGAAGGUGGAACCAGUCUACUCCAGCAUUUUCUUGAUUCUUACCAAGUAGUAUUCCUCCUAUUUUUCAUGCUAUUAGCAGGGACAUCUAUUGUUGUUAUAGUCCAUAAUGCAGUUUUGUCAGCGAAAGACCACCACCAUUAUCCAGCAUUUUCCCCAAGGACAACUCCUCAGCACAGCAAUAGCAGGUUUUCUGGAUCACCUGUUGUCCCCUGCAGCCCUCAGCCCUCAAGCAGAAGCAGCAGCUCCUCACCCAGGCUCUGGAGCAUUGAAGGUUCACGUUGGAGACUGAACAACUCGUCUUAAUGAACUAGGGCUGGAACAAAACAAAUCAGUGCCUUUAACAAUAGCAAACUUAAGAACAUUCACUGUUUUGAUAUAAUUCAAGUCACCUCAUAAUUACUUUUUUUUUUAUUUAAAGCUUUUUGAAUUUUUUUUUUAAUGCCAGUGUUUCAGUUCUUUAAAACUUAGCUGCUGUUCUCUGUUGACAAAAGGCAGUGUUUCUGCUAAGCUAGCUUUCCUGCACUCUUCAAGCAGCUAGAAGUUAUGUCUAACUGAUAGAGGUUUUUUGGUUUUUUUUAAUUAACUUUCUUUUUAAUGAGCUUUUUAAAUAAAGGGAAAUAGUAAAACAGGUCAAAUCUGAGCCAAAAAUAUAGAAGACUGUAUAUUUCAAAGAACUAUAUUUUUUUUAUUUUGAGUUCCAAAGACUCAGGAAUGCACUGAAAUAUAACUUAGUGUUACUGUAAGCACUGCCUUAGGACUGGGAAUGUGAAAGCCUGUGCCUUCUAAGAGGACCCUUCUUCUGGUAGUAAAUAUUUUUAAUUGAAGGCAAUUCUCUUACCUGUGUUCUGAUAGAACAUGUUUAUGUAAGUCCAUGCAUACACAGAAGUACCUCAAUAGAAACUGAGCCUCCUCUUAUUGCCACAAGGCACCUGGUGCUCUGGCAAGUUCAGUGGUGCAUUUGGCACUUGAAUGAGCUGGUUCAGUCUGUGGGUCUCGGGUGCAUCUGAGUGCAGACUGACACAGCCAACCAGAAUCUUCAUUUAAAGCUGUGCAGGAAGAUAUUACUGGUAUGGCCAGACUUGGGAAUACUUGUACCCUAAUAUCCUACUAAGUGCUGCUUUCUGAGUCUGCAAAAUACAAUGUAGCAUUUAACUGCCUGAGUAUUACUGUGGGGUAUUUUUGGUUGACUUUCUGGUUUUCUUCUUGACAGUCUAAGACACAUAGAUACAAAAUGCACAGUUCUGGUACAUCAGAAAGUACUCUGCUCAACCAGAAAGCAGAUCCCAUUUAUGGCACACAGCUUUGGUUUCACACAGUAUUACAAAAAAGUAAUAUUGUUACAUGGUGGUGUAUUGAGAAUUGUGUAGCUUAUUGACUACUUGUGGAGUAAGUUGUGCCUUACAUGCUAAUGCUACUUGACAAUGUGGAUGUAAAUAAUAAUAAUAAUAAUUUGUAUCUGGAUUAUUUAAUAAAGCUUUUUUAGAUUCCUUUA